UACUAAUGAGGGCGCGAUAACAUAUAAGCUGCUGUAGGAUUCAAUUUAAUGGUAGCAUAUUACGUUCAAUAACAGAACUUAAAGAAUACUGAUCGUGUCAUUCCAGCACCAACCCUUACGCCAACUGACUCGUGCACGAUUCUCAACCCUCUCACCACCCAUCAUGGCUGCCAACGGAACCACUCCAAAGAUUACACUUUACACUAACCAUCGCUGCCCAUGGGCGCAUAGGGCUCACAUCACUCUCAAAGAGAUCGGGCUUCCCUAUGAGGAGGUCAUCAUUGACCUCGACCGUCCCCGUGAUCCCUGGUAUCUAGAAGUCAACCCGCGCGGUCUCGUCCCCUCCAUCAAGUACUCCAACGGCGCCAUCAAAGACGAGAUCAUCACCGAAUCAGGCAUCGUGUCCCAAUUCCUCGCCGACGCGCAUCCCUCGCAUCUCCUCCCGACCUCUAACACCCCCGAAGGCGCCCUCAAGCGCGCCCGCAUUAACUUCUUCGUCGACACGUGGUUCUCCAAGAUCGGGUCGUUCCAGUUCAAGAUCCUGCUAGAACAGGACGAAGCGAAGCAAGAAGAGAUAGUGAAGGAGUUCCUGGCGCUGGUGGAGAAAGAAAUCGAGCCGCUUUUGAAAGACGCAGCGCCGUUCUUUGGGGGGAGCGAGAAGCUUACGUUGGCCGAGGCUUUGACGGCGCCGUUCGCACUGAGGAACAGCAGUCUGUCGAAACACGGUGCGCUUCCUGCGUCGCUCGGGAAGGGGCUUGAUGCGCUGCCGAACUAUUCGAAGUGGGCCAAGGCGGUGAUUGCGCAGGAGAGUGUUACGUACAUUUACGAUGAGGAGGCAGUUGUGAAGGGGACUGUCGCGAGGGUCGCGAAGCUUAAGGCGACCGGGAAGUAGGGGACCAAGAAGUCAGCGGUCGUUACGAAUGAGGAAGCUCAGGGAGAGGAGUGUCUGAUAACAAAUUGAAGUUUUCCAUCAAUAACAAACGCGUCGACAUGUUUUUGUUAAACGUUGAACAGGAACAAGUUAUUUGAUCAAGCAGAUAAACCGCAGAGAUAAAGAAUCAUUACUCGGGAU